AUGGCAUUGACAGAUGAAAAGAAAGACCAGAAAAUACAAUGUGACAACUGCACAGAUGAAAAUUCUGCUGCCACACGUUGUGAAGAAUGUGCCGUGUUCUUAUGCAGUUAUUGUUCCGAGUUUCAUAAAAAAUCCCGACCAACUAAACAUCAUGUCCUCACUACUCUACAAGAGCUGAAGUCUGGAGCUGGUCCUUUAAGUGUUGCUGAGAAAAUACGAUGUGUAAAGCACAAGGAAGAAUUGAUCAAGCUUUAUUGCAAAACAUGCCAGUCGACCAUCUGUCGAGAUUGUACCAUCGUGGAACAUAGAACACAUGAUUAUGGCUUCAUUGAAGAUGUCGCUGUCGGGCAGAAGGAAGUAUUGAAACGAAAUAUGAAGGAAGUACAACAACGACAAGCCACACUGCAGAGAGCAAUUGCAAGUCUCAAGCUAUUUGAUCAAAGUUUGGUGGACGAAAAUGCUUUGGUUGUUGCACAAGUCACCAGUCAUUUUGAAGAAUUGCAGAGAAUCGUCGUGUCAAAGAAAAGCGAGUUGUUAUCAAAAGCGAGUUCUUUAACCAACUUGAAGAGAAAGCAAAUUCAAGCCCAGAUUGAAGCACUAGAAGUGGCUUUAGCAAGUUGUAAAAGCAGCAUCGAGUUUACGGAGAAGGCUUUUAAGAAUGGCAACGAUGUUCAAGUGUUAAGUAUGCAGAAAUAUAUCUUGCAAUCCCUUCAAGAUCUAAAGAAAGUCAAAGAUGUAACCCAACCAUGUGUCACACGUGAUCUCAGGUUUAGUAUCCCCUGGUCCAUAGAAGACACCGACAAAAAUUUCCUGAGCUAUUUUGCUGUAGAUGAAUCUGUGGCCGAUCCUAACCAAUGUCAAGCUGAAUUCACUGAUGAAGGUGAACAUUUAAAACGCGAUCAACAAACUUCAUUGAAGAUUAUUUGUUUUGACAAAAACAAAAAGAGAAUUAAAAAUGGAGGCCAGGUAGUUGAAGCAAAUAUUUCUGGAGUUGAAUAUGAUAACGCAACGAUCCAAGACAACAAAGAUGGCACACAUACAGUAAACGUCACACCUCGCCGUGGUGGCACAUUGGAGUUCAAAGCAACCAUAGAUGGCCGUCCUGCCCCUAGAUGUUCCUUAACAAAAGAUGUCACGUGGGUUUUCAGCAAUGAUCAUGGAAGUGGUGAGCUUAGUGACGGAGGCUUAAGGGUCAGAUGUAGUAACAUGAAUUAUGACGAGUCGUGUUGGCGAAUUGGAGAACGUUCGUUCAAAAGCGGAGUUCAGUCAUGGAAAGUUCUGUUUAAAAUGAAUGAGCACCGUGUUCCUACUCAUGGACGCACUCCAGCUCGCAGGUCGCUAUGUAUUGUUGGAGUAACUUCAACAGCCGAUAAUACAGGUGCAAACACUUAUCAAGUAAGGUGCCAACAUGGUGAAGAAUUAACUGUCACAGUGACGUUAAACAUACCUAAGAAUAGCUUGUACUUCGCGUUUGAAAGCAAUUAUAACAACCAAAGUGAAAUCAACCCAAGGCGAAUUGAGGGAGAGCAAUUUUGGCCUUUUGUUAUGCUGCGUGGUAAUGGUAUGGAAGCAGUCUUGAAAUUUGACUGA